AUGGCCGUCGAUCUAGCAGCUUUUCCGGCCUUCUUCGACGAUCAAACAGCCAUUGAAGAAGCCGCCACUGCGGGUUUACAAAGCAUGAAUCAUCUAAUCCAUCUCUUAUCCAAACAACACCACCACCACCACCACCACCACUCUGAAUCUCCUAAUAACAUCGAUCUCAAUUCUUCUCUUCUCACCGAUUUCACCGUCUCCAAAUUUAAACGGUUGAUUUCCCUCUUAAACCGAACCGGCCACGCUCGUUUCCGCCGUGGACCUUCCGAUUCUCCAAAUCCCGUUCUGAAUUCCCUCGAUCCGCCUCAGAAAACCCAUUUCUCUAAACUUAAUUUCUCCCCUGUUUCGAAAGUCCCUGAGUCUAGAGAUUCCACUACUACCUCUUCCUUUGUGUCUACGGUCACCGGCGACGGUAGUGUUUCUAACGGUAAGCUUGAUCUGUCUGUCUAUGCAACGCCGCCGGCCAACGCCGGUAAACCGCCGUUGGCGAUGAAGAGCAAGUGUCACGAUGUAUCUGGAUUUGGUUGUAAGGUUCCUAAUUCGAAGCUCUGUCACUGUGCCAAGCGAAGGAAAUCUGGAAUGAAGAAAACGGUAAAAGUCCCGGCGAUCAGUUCUAAGAUCGCUGAUAUACCCUCCGAUGAAUACUCAUGGAGAAAGUACGGCCAAAAACCCAUCAAAGGCUCACCUUAUCCUAGAGGGUAUUACAGAUGUAGCAGCGUGAAAGGAUGUCCGGCGAGAAAAAAGGUAGAAAGAGCUCGUGACGAUCCGGCGAUGCUUCUCGUAACAUACGAGGGGGAUCACCGUCACCCGCACCCUACGGUCACCGACGGCGUUUCCCAAAAGAGUUGA